AUGUUUGGCGGCGCGGCGAGACACGGCCGAGUGCGGGGAGCUCUGCGACAGCUGCCGAGCUCGAGACGGCGGUCGAGCCAGUACGAAAAGACGGUCGGAAACCUGCGCAUCAACCAGGAUAGCAGAGUAAUUUUCCAGGGAUUCACUGGAAGAGCGGCGACGGCAAAUGCCAAAGACACGAUAGCAUACGGCACGCGAAUCGUCGGCGGCGUGUCCCCCGGCAAAGGCGGGCAAAAACAUCUCGACCUGCCCGUCUUCAACACGGUUCGCGAGGCGGUGCAGGAAGUGAAGCCGCAGGUCAGCGCCGUCUUUGUGCCCGCGUCGGGCGCCGCGGCCGCCAUUAUCGAGUCGAUCGAGGCCGAGGUGCCGCUCGUCGUCAGCGUCGCCGAGCACAUUCCCGUGCACGACAUGCUGCGCGUGCACGAGGUGCUGCAGACGCAGAGCCGCACGCGCCUGGUCGGGCCCAACUGCCCGGGCAUCAUCGCGCCCGAGCAGUGCCGCGUCGGCAUCAUGCCGUACAAGCAGUACCGCAAGGGCUGCGUGGGCAUCGUCUCCAAGUCGGGCACGCUGAGCUACGAGGCCGUCGGCGCGACCAGCACGGCGGGUCUGGGCCAGAGCGUCGUCAUGGGCAUGGGUGGUGACUUGCUACCAGGCACCACGCUCGUCGACGGGCUGAAGCUGUUUUUCGAAGACGACGAGACAAAAGGCAUCAUUGUCAUUGGCGAGAUUGGCGGCGAGGCGGAGCUGCGCGCCGCAGAAGUCAUCCAGGAGUAUCGCGCGCGCACGGCGAACCCCAAGCCCAUCAUCGCCAUGGUGGCAGGACAAACGGCACCCGAGGGUAGAGUCAUGGGCCAUGCUGGUGCUGUCCUCAUGCCGCGCGACGUAUCGGCCGCCGAAAAGGCUGAUGCGCUGAGCAAGGCUGGCGCCAUUGUGGUGCCGCAUCCAGGCGUCAUGGGCGAUACCAUGAAGGAGCUUCUUGGCAUGUAG